AUGCGAAUUUCAGCACUGUAAAAAGAUGUGGCUGUAUCUGUCUCUUUUAAAAUCUAAAAUGAUGGCAGACAACAACAAGAGCAUGUCGUCAAUCUUUGAGGGUGUCAAACAAACCUACCAUGAAACUUUACAACCUGAAAUGAAUGAUAUGCUUGUCCCUUAUCUGAGGGACUUCACGAUAGAAAAACUCGGGCCAUUUGUAGAAGUUCUGCAUGAAUAUAUAUUGCUGUUUGUGGCCGUAGAAGAAAACAUAUACGAAGAGGACUAUAUUGAUAUUAAAGAUAAACUUUUACGAGAUUAUCUUUACGUGUACAUUGACGACUGGUUCGAGGAAGAAGAUACAGAUAUUGUCAUGAAUAUAGCUGGAGAUUUACCACCGGAGAUUCUCAACAUUCAUAGUGUUCCGCUCUGGAUGAUGGCAUACAAAAUCCUUCGAGAGAAACAAACCGGUGAAGGAAGGUUAUAAUUUGUGAAUUGACACUAUAUCCAACAGCCAUCCAUAUUGUGGACGAGAACAAACUUUUACCGAUUUCAUACACAUAGCAUUCGUGAUAUAUUCAAAUACAGUCUACAAUAACUCAACUAUGAAUCAUAAAUGAUUCUUUUUUCAACCGAAAAUCAUUCUUUAUUAUAUCAGUAAUAUAUUAUGCCACAAGUUGAUUUAGAGUAAACGAUUUUCUAUGUUCGAAAAUAAUGUAAACAAUACACAAGUAAACAAAUAUUCUAUAUGUAAUGAUAUAAGCGCAAAAGACAUGGUGUACAUACAAUCUUGAUUGCAAUAUAUUCUUGAUAAAUAUUUCUUGAAGAUACAUUUAUUGCUUGGCCUUGUUCGCAUAUAUAAUGACACUUUAUUUGAUUUGAAUAUGUUUGUGUGUUUGAACUGAACUUGCUAUAAUUUGAUCACAAAUAGUUUAUGUUUCAAAGUAACAUUUUAUAAUUAGUUAUUUUAUAUGUCACUUUUAAUUGAGGUACGACUUAAUGAUUAUGGUGUUUAGUUAAUCGCAUAUGCUGUAGAUAGCCUGAAUGUAAAAGUUGCUUUAUAACUAAAUAAGCAAAUCUAUAUUUAUUUAGAGGGGCCUCCGUGGCCGAUUGGUUUAGAAUUACAUGCCCAUAAUAUAAUCAGGUCUCUUGGGAUGCAUAAUGUUUCGUGUGAGAAAGUCGCCUAGCUAACUAACGGAAGGUUGGUGGUUCUACCCCGGUGCAUCCCAUGCCUGUUACAAUUCCUGGAGCGGUACCUGGGGUCUUCCUCCACCAGCAAAAGUAGGAAAAUUGCCAUAUGACUUAAAUUGUAUGUGGUUCUAAACCGAAAAAAUAUAUAAAUACAUGUAUUUAGAUUAAGUAUUUGAAAUAUGCGUUUCAGUGUUGUUUUUAUUUUGCUGACAAUAUCAGCAUCUUCAUAUUUUCUUCAUUUGUUCGCUGCUUAUUCCGCCGUUAACAUUUGUUAAUGCCAUAAAAGUGUCUAUUUUUGCAUUGUAAGUGUACCUCUUAAAUUUACGUCUUGUUUUUUUUGCUGUAUGACAUAUUUUUUGUCUAAAUCAAGACAUUCAUGUCAAUGAAUGCAAUUACACCAGUUUCAUCAACAUUUUAUUGUAUUUGCAAAAUUAAUUCUUUAGUUUUAUGCACUGUGACCAAUUUGUUCUGCUUGCUUCGAGACAAAGAUGGAAGCGUGACAUUUGUUCCUAAAUUCCUAAGGAAAUGAAAUACACCACACCGUAUCGUGCAUAGUAUAGCUAAUAACUGGGCAGCUGACUUUUAAAACAGUUUUGUACAGGUGUCUUCUUUAACUAAGAUCAUCGGCAUGAGUAGUUUUCACUUUUCUUCAUGUAUCAAUUGGAUGUGCUUAUGUGGCUUUGUUUGAAAUAGUAUACUACGUUCAACAAUAAACAAUCAUUUACUUUACGUACAAGGUGCUUGCUUCAAAGUAACUGCUUAUCACAUCACGUCAACAUUUUCUAUUUUGUUGUUUUGUUCUUUUUCGUAUUUUAUUAGGAUUGUAGCAUUCUUAUGUUUAUGCUGUAUAUAACGUGAAUGCAAAGUUACCUUACAAUUAAAUUAGAAACAUGUAUUUUGAUUAUGAAUUUGCAUUAUGCGUUUUGGUGUUGUUUUUGUUCUGUUAUAAAAUGUCAUGUUUUCUUGAUACGUUCGAUUCAUGUUCUGCUGUAUACUUUUGUUAACGUUAUAAAGUUAUGAUAUGUAUGUUCCAUAUGCAACAUAAAAAUGAUGAGGGUAAUGUUUGCAACAAGACAGCUUAAUCAACAAUUUAUUCUUUGAAAACAUACAAUACUUUUAAUUCUUUCAGGCCAGACAGAAUUUGCCCGUGCUUUUGCCGGUUCUAGAAAAAUUCGUCUUACACCCCGCAAUGUAAGAUGACUCACGUGCCGCAGUUUAUGAAUGAAUGCGUAAAUUCAUACGCUACAAUAAUAAAAUAGUGCUCAAAAGAAAAGCAUUCGUUAUAAUUCAUUUCUUUUAUUAAUUAAAGUAUACUGCAUGCAGAAAAAGAAUCUCUCACUAGUUGAAGAUGCAGAUGGAAAUAUCUGGCUCUCGGGGAAACUGUUUUGCAGUAAAUCGUCAGAGCUUCGUUACUGCCUAAACAGUUACCGUCGAGCCAGAUAUUUCCAUCCGCAACUUCAGCUAGUGAACUAUUCUUAUAUAAUUUAUAUACGCAACAAAUCUGAAAGUCUUACUGAGAAUUUGAAAUGGCAUUUUAUAACUUUUGAUAUCGCGAUUAAUGCGAAUGAUACACAAUUCUUAUAGCUGAAAAAUAUUCAUAUUUCAUGUAAACUAAAUCUUUCAAGAUAAUCCUAGAUUGGUUAAUAUGCAUUAUUUUUUUACUUUAACAAGGUAUCAAUGCACCUUUCGUGCUUUUUAAUUCCUUAAGGUACAAUUGCAGGCAUGCUCAAUGCUUACAUGAAGGUGAAAGAGAGAUGUUAAUUAAUACUGUUGUUGUUGUUGUUUAUAUUACUUUUAAUGACAGUUUUAUGCCCCUCCCCCUCCCACAUAGAGGCGGCAUAUAGUAACUACAGCGUCCGUUCGUCCGUUCGUCACAGUGAUACUGCAAUCCUUGAAGGGAUUUGAAUAUUACUUGCCACAAAUGUAUCCCGCAAUGAGAUGACGUGUCAUGCAUAACGCCCAGACCCCCAACCCCAAAGGUCACACUCAAAGGUCAAUGGAUAUAGCGUUUAUUUCCUGUUCAGAUCCUUAGUUCAAAGGUCAAGGUCACACUUGGAGGUCAAAUUUCGAUAGUUUUUUUCCUGUGUUGUCCCUAGGUAUGCCAUCCAGUAUAAGAUUUUUAUAAUUUUUGACACAAAUAUUUGCUAGAAUAAGACAAUUUGCCAUGCACGACACACAAACCCCUAGCUCAAAGAUCAGGGUCAAACUCUGAGGUCAAAGGUCAAUAGGGUCUUUCUCUGUCCGGUCCAUUUCAUACAGGUUUUAAAGAGAUUGGCCAAACAGUUACCCAGAUAUUACAUAUCAUUUACCACUUACAUUGAAAUGAAACAGGGACAUGCAAAAGUAGUUUCUUGGCACGUUAUUUUGUAUUCACAUUUUAAACGGAAAUAUAUUAAAUUUCUAUUUUUGCAUUCUGCAUAUCACUAUUUCAGAUAUGUUGAAGUCUAUUGCAUCGAUUUAUUUUGUUAUUUUGCCUUCAUAUACCUACUGUUCUAUAUUUUUCGUGUGUUUCUUUGUUUUGUUUAUCUCUUCAAUGUAAAUGCAAGAUUGAUUGCGCUGUUAUUACAGGAAAGCAGUUGAAUUUGAUUGUUUAAGGAGGUAGGUUACCUUCAUAUUUGUAUGUGCGCAUGCCCAACCGGAAGCUAACGUGACGAUUGACGACGACGUUUACGACAAACUAAAUGUGUUUGUAUAUUCAUUCUUCUGAAAACAAAUCAUGAACCUGUCUUCGAUCUGAUGCUUUAUGGUUUAAUAAUUCAGAAAUAAUGAAUAAAUUGCCGUAGAAACGCUUCAAAACAAUGUUGCCUUAAAAUGACGUCAUGACGUUACGUGUCAGUUACCGCACAAAAUUAAUAGUUUUUAUCUUGAAAGUACGUAAUUCUGGUUUUUUUUUUAUUUGAACUAUUUUCAAAUAACCAUUAUUUGCUGAAAUAUUUUUAUGAGUAUUUUGCUCUGGAUAAAAAUCAAUAUUUUGCUUCUUUUAUGUAGUUAUAUUGAAAUGUUAUGCGGAUGUAAGAAAAUGGAUGAUAGUAACCAAUGUAAUUUGGAAUAUAGCUGGGUGAAAGGUUACUUUUUACGGCCAUUUUCAAAUAAAAAAUCUAGCAGUUUGAUUUGUAAUACCUAUUUUUCAGGUUCCGUUGAUAAUUUGUUACUUAUAUACUAAAACUAAGAUCUAAAAGUGUUCAAAUUUCGGUAGAAAAGUGUGGUUUCUUGAACUGAAUUGAUGUUACCAUGGAAACGAAGCCCGUGACCUAUGUAUCUAAAUGUAAAAUUCAAAAGCGUUGACACUGGUCUAUUUAAGAA